CCGUAGGGCGUUGGCCGUAUUACGUUUGUUUCACUUUCCGUGUGGCGUCUUCUCAGAGAAUAGUUAAUAAAAUAUCCAAAUCUAUCGUCUUUGGUGAAAACAUCGACUCGGAACACUUUCCACCCACUGGCUGCAGCUACUCCGUUACUCUACUAUAAACAAAAAAAUAGCGUCAACACUGUUAACAAACCACCGACUACCGCGCCCGGGUCGCGUCCAUUUCCAGGUAUAACAAAAUCAAUAAGUAUCACUCCUUUGUCCGUGCCCCGUUGCCGUUUCGAUCGUCCCACUCGUCCAGAUUCACCGCACUGUGACUCGUCUUCGCAGUCGAUUGCUGCUCACUGUUUUUUCAUCCGCACCAAUUCACAGAAAAGUUAUCGUCGACGCCGUUGGAAUACGAAAAAUACUUUACCGCGGUCAUUGCACUGUCAUCUUUCAGUUUUUGCAAAGAUAAGAAAAGUAAUCAUUCCGAAAUGAGUCAACCUCAACCAGAAAAAAAAAAUCCAGUUAAUUUCCAUAUUAGGAAUUCAGUGCCCAGAACAAAAUGCGAUGUAAUAUUUGAACCUCAACCUUUUUUCAAAAAGAUAUAUUCAGUUCUUGAACCGAUGGUUAUAUAUUGUGAAUCAAAAGUUAAACUUGAAAAUGAACAAUCACAAGAACACACUCAGCUUAUAGUUCAAUUUACGGUGCCACUAUUAAUACGAAAAAUGUUUAAUUGCAAAACAAACAAUUACCGAUUGCAGAUCCGAUUUGGAGAACAGCUGGAAGGGAAGAGAGAUGUAUUAGAUAAAUUACCAGGACUAACAAGGAUAACUGUCAAUUCAAAGAUAUCAUCCAGCUCCAAAACAAGCCCUAUAAAUUAUCAAUGUACCUAUUUAGUCGAAAACAAUCAUAUUUCAGUAUUGUGGCUAAUUUCUAAAAAACCAUAUUACAUGAUGAUAGAUAUUGUAGAGAUUGUCUCGGUUAAGGAAUUGGUGGAACGCGUACAAUUUAACAAUAGACUAUAUUCUGCUAACCUAAAUACAAAAGCUAAGGCCAUAGAAUUGAUGAAAAGUUCAGUUACAGAAAUUCUUGAUUCAACGUCCUUUAAGUUUAUAUUAUUGUGUCCAAUAUCCAAAUUAAAAAUGAAAUUACCAACAAGAUCUCUGAAAUGUAGUCAUUUACAAUGUUUUGAUCUGUUUACAUUCAUUUUACUGAAUAAGGUAAAUCAAAAAUGGAUAUGCCCGAUUUGUAAGAUACCCAUUAUAAUCGGUGAAUUGAGAAUAGAUUCAUUUCUUUUGGAUAUUGUCAAUAAUUCAACUCUUCCUGAAAAUUGCUUUGAAAUAACAUUACAUGCCAAUGGUGAAUGGGUACCAUGUAUAGAAGAGGCAAUGGAUGGUAUUGAGCACAAUCAAAGUGAAUCUGACAACGAAUAUUCAGAAAAUACCAUUGUUCUUAAGGAUUUGGAUGAUCCCAAUUUUGAAAUUGGCCUCGAUAAAAAUAACUUUGAUGAAGAUGAAGAAGAACCUGAAGAAAAACCUGAAGAAAAACCUGAUGUAAAACCUGAAGAAAAACCUGAUGUAAAACCUGAAGAAAAACCUAUCUUACCAAUAACAAAUGGUUUGAAUCCUAGUGAACCAAUGUUUGUUGAUCUGACCAUAGAUGAUACAGACAUUAAUGAAGAACCGCUUACUAAAAUCAUUAAAACAGAAAAUGCUGAUGAAUAAAAUCAACCAUGAUAUGCAAUUUUAAAUUUAGUACAAAUAAUAAUUUAACUUUUUAAUAUUAAUGUAAAUAUAAUAAUAUAUAGAAUUUAGACGCCUUUACUAAUCUAUCAAUAACGUCAGUGGCAUUUCCAGAACUUUCUUUUUCUUUUUAUAGGGAAGUAUAAAGUAUAAAAAAAAAAAAAUAUUUUGAAUUUUGUAUGGUCCUUAUUGUAGUUAUACAUUUUAUUACUCUGAUUAUAAUAUAGAAGUUAAAAUGUGUAAAUAUUUACACAUAUAUUAUAUACAUAUUUACAUUUAUAUGUGAUUAGUUUAUUACUGUUAUUAGUUAUAUUAUCUAUACCAGGGGUGGCCAACCAGUCGAUCGCGACGCCCUUUCGUAUUUUCUUGAAUUUUUGAAUUUUUUCAGUAAAUUUGUAGAUCUUUAUAUCAACAAAUAUAAAAAUUAUACUUAGAAAAUGCAAUAUAUAACUAUGAAAAACGAGAUUAUACACAGAUAUCGAAUAAAAGAAGUGUAACACGCAUGUACAUAUAUAAUAUACAUAUUUUUUUUUAUUGACAACUUUUUUUUUUUUGGUCGAUCGCGAUAAUCUAGAAAAUCUCGGAUGUCGAUCGCAAGUCUAUUAAAGUUGGCCACCCCUGAUCUAUACUAUGUAGAGUAGGUUGCGGUAGUUUAUACCUACUGGCUACUGCUUACAAUUAGUUGAAUACAAUAUCUUACUUAAAUCUUAGAUUUAAUUUUUAGUUGUAUAGUAAUGACAGGUUGGCAUCACAAUUUGCGUGAACGAUCAUUAGAUUUAAUCCAAACCAAAAAAACUGUUUAAAAACAAUAAAAAUAAUUUUUAUAGAAAUAAUAACCGACGAUACAAAUUAAAUUUUAAUUUUAAUUUUAAAUUAGAUAUUCAUUGUGUUUUAUUGUACAAUUUUAUAUUAAUAAUAAUUAUAAUAUUUGAAUGUUAAGCAAUUUUUUUUUAGCAUUUAUCAGUUGUGAGAGAUCUGUCCAGGACAACUUAUAAUUAACUGUACAUAUCAAUCGAAUAAUUAUGGUAAAACUUAUUAUAUUAUGAUAUGUACAGAAGAACAUAAAACAAUAUAUUGCAGGUUAUGACUUUUCUUUAAAAAAUCUA